AUAUUGGUUAAAUCGAACGAUCAACAACACAUAAGGAUGUCCAGGGCAUUUGUUUGGCGUGAUUCCGGAUUAGAAGGCGAAAACUUAGCAUUUGAUAAAGAAUUCUUCGAGGAUGAAGAUUUGGAUAUAGAAGAUUUGAUAGUUGAAAGUGGCGAAUUCAAAAUCCGAGCCGAAAAAAAAGAUGAGUUCCCUUAUCUUUUUGACACUGAUUUAGAGAUAUUGAAAAGAGCAUGGUUGAAUGAACAUUUUUCGCCCGAGAUUUUACCAUACGAGACAGCCUUUGAAAGGUUAGGCCAUAUCGUGGAAGAACAGGCCGCCAAAGCCGAAUCCAUGGCACUGUCAAAAGAAAGUUGUCCAAUCGGGAUGAUAAUAUUUAACGAUAACGAACGUAUAAAAUACAUUAUGAAUCGGUAUAUGCGAACAAGGUUACUUAAGAUUGAGAAAUAUGCAUCUUCGAUUCUUGAAAAUAUAGAAUUGAAAACUAGAUUGUCUCCAUCCGAAUUGGAAUUUGCAAAGAGGUUAGGACUGCAGGGAAUUGUAAAUCAUUUUAUUGAUUUUGAUUUAACAUUCACUGCAUCAUUAAUUUUCAGUUAUAAUGAUUUGAUUAAACGACACGAGAAUUCAUCAUUUUUAAAUAUGCUCCCACAAGAUUCAUUGGAGGUAUUGAAAUCAAUAGAUGAUGGUGUAGAAACGCUCUCUGCAAUUAAUAACCAUUUUAACUUGGAAAAAGUCAUAUUUUGUCGAGUUAAGGAGGAUAUUGGAACCUAUUCGUUUCCUUCCAGUCCCGAUGAAGUUGAAAACUUGGAAAAGGAUGAUGCAUACUUGAUCAAAUAUAAUGAUAUAAAACCACUUUUUAAUAAAG